AUGGGAAGAGGUAGGGUUCAGUUGAAGAGGAUAGAAAACAAGAUCAAUCGUCAGGUUACUUUCUCUAAAAGGAGAGCUGGACUUCUCAAGAAAGCUCAUGAGAUCUCUGUUCUUUGUGAUGCUGAAGUUGCUUUGAUUGUCUUCUCCCACAAAGGAAAGCUCUUUGAAUAUGCCACUGAUUCUUGCAUGGAGAAGAUUUUGGAGCGCUAUGAAAGGUAUUCAUAUGCAGAGAGACAACUAGUUGCAAAUGAUUCUGAAUCACAGGGAAAUUGGACCAUUGAGUAUACAAGACUGAAGGCAAAGAUUGAUCUUUUGCAAAGAAACUAUAGGCAUUACAUGGGAGAAGAUUUGGGUACAAUGAGCCUCAAAGAACUUCAAAGCCUGGAACAGCAGUUAGAUACUGCACUCAAACUCAUUCGUACACGCAGAAACCAACUCAUGUACGAGUCCAUUUCAGAGCUUCAGAAAAAGGAGAAAGUGAUUCAAGAGCAGAAUAACAUGCUUGCAAAAAAGAUUAAGGAGAAAGAAAAGAUUGCAGCUGAGCAGCAGGCACAAUGGGAGCACCCAAACCAUCAUGGAGUCAAUCCAAAUUACUUGCUACACCAGCAACUUCCAAGUUUGAACAUGGGCGGUAAUUACCGUGAGGAAGCACCAGAAAUGGGGAGGAAUGAGCUUGACCUGACCCUGGAACCACUGUAUACCUGUCACCUUGGAUGCUUUUGA